AUGGUGCUUCGCUUGGUGCUUUUGGGAGCUUGGGCCAUCACGGCCCGAGGCCAGCAGUGCGACUGCAGCCCAUGCCAAGAAUACCCCGAGGAGGAUUUCAGUCCCGAUCCCUGCUUCGACAAGUGCAUCGUCACGGGAGACCCUCACGUGGAGCACAGCUGGCGUCCGGGAUUUGAGAACGGAUUCGACUUCCAGCCUCAAGGCAUUUGGCGCUUGGCCAAGACGGACACCUGUGGCGGCACAGUGGAAGUUCAGGCCUUCUUCUGCCACUACUUCUUCACCAAACUCAGCAGUGCCAUUGCAUACGCGAUCACCAUCAACGGCGGCGACAAGUACAUCAUCAAACGGGUCGGGGAUGAGUUCCAGGUAGGCAGUCCCGACGUGCGGGGCUUCAACGUCAGCUUCGAAGGUGACCCAGUGUCCGGGCGACUCCUCGUCAGCGACGACAAAUGCGUGCGCAUCAAGAUGAACACCGUGCCCCUUUAUGACCGUCGGACGAGGUUCCUGGAUAAUCCCUACCUCAACAACAUCUUCAUGAACAUCUGGGAGUGCGCAACAACGCAGGAAGGCAUUUGCGGUGCUCAGAUUCUCGGCUCCGUUAGUGUCCGUUCCGAGCCGGUCCGUCAGUCCGCGCAGUUCGAAUGGAUCGACCCCGAGAGUGACGAGAAUCUUUUCAAGACUCCCGACCAGCAGGAUCUGUGGAAAGACCUUUGCGAGUUCUGCCAGGAGGGAGGCCAAGCCACCACGCCACCGGGCUGCCCGGCACCGCCAGGUGGCGAGGAACCCGGCGAGCCUGGCUGCGAGUUCCUCAGGCCCUAUGGCAGCAUAUGGGACAAGGAGUGCGUGCCUCAGCCAGGCGAUUCGGCCAACAACGACCUCCUGAAAGAACUUCAAGAUGGUGGCGAGAACUGCGUGGCCUUCGCUCGCUUGAACAACGGCCCGAAGUUCCCGGGAAGAAGCUGCAGAGACUGGUGCCAGGAUCGCGGUGCGGAGUGCGUGACAGUCCGGGACGACAUUGCCACCGGGAAGUUCCCGACCGAGGACAACAGCAACGCCUGCCAACUAACUGAGGCUGACCACCCCAACAACUUCAUCGGAGGGGACCCAGAGCAACCCAAGACCUGUGAUACGGUCAGCAGGGACACGCAUUGCGUGUGUAAGAAGCCCGACAACCCUGCGCCGGGAGAGUCGGUGGAGAAGACCUGCUUGGAAGCCCGGGACGAAGCCGGAUUUAAUUUCUCGCACCUGGAUGCGGCAGACCUUUGCCGAAGGGAGGCUAUGUGGUUCCAGCGUGUGACCUACCCACGGAACACCGAACAGACCACCUUCGAGCAACGUCUUCUGCUGUACUGCGCCCAGGACGUCUGUGCCACGGACCCAGAAGAUAGGCCAGAGGUGGCCCGAAUCUAUCAGGAUCGGGACCCCGACCUGAACGACAAGCCCGGCGUGUGCAACGGCCCCCUGCUGUGCAACGUCGUUUGCUCCAGCCAGCUCAUCGAGAAUUGGGGCGAGUGUCUGAACCGCUGUGAAGCCCACCGAUCGAAGCUGAUCCAUGCGGUUACGCGCUACUGCAAGGCCGGUAUUUGCACUGCAUAUCUGGAAGAGACGGAAACAAUAGGCCUUCUCCAGCAUCGCCGAUCCAACCGCUCAGAGAUCAUGAGCUCUCGCAGGUCUUGGGGAUCUCGCAGGAGCUCGCAAUGGUCGCAUGUGAGCUGGAGCCGUCGUCGCAAAGGUGACGACGAUGACGGCAGUGGCAGCACUCGUCGUCGCAAAGGUGAUGAUGAUGGCAGCACACGUCGCCGCAAAAGCGACGACGAUGAUGGCAGUGGUCGUCGUCGCAAAAGUGACGACGAUGAUGGCAGUGGCCGUCGUCGCAAAGGUGACGAUGAUGAUGGAAGCACGCGUCGCCGCAAGCGUGACGACGAUGUCGGCGACGAUGAUGUGCCGGACAAUGGGUGCGCUUUGCUCUGGGAUGAAACUGGAGGGUCGAGAGCUUUCGUGGUGCAAGCACAGAUGCACAUCGAAGUUUACCAGCCAGAUCAAGCCGGGAUUGAACCACUACUGCAAGGAGUGUACUUCACGACCUCCACGACCACCCAUCCUCCCUACCCCAAAGACGACGACGAUAAGGAUGACAGCCGUCGCCGCAAAGACGACAGCCGUCGCCGCAAGGGUGAUGACGACGAUGGAAGUGGAACUCGCCGACGCCGGCGCCGCAAGGGUGAUGACGACGAUGGAAGUGGAACUCGCCGCCGCAAGGGCGACGAUGAUGGUAGCCGGCGCCGCAAGGGUGAUGACGAUGGUAGUGGGCGUCGCCGCAAGGGCGACGAUGAUGGCAGCCGUCGCCGCAAGGGUGAUGACGACGAUGGAAGUGGAACCCGCCGCCGCAAGGGCGACGAUGAUGGCAGCCGGCGCCGCAAGGGUGAUGACGACGAUGGAAGUGGAACCCGCCGCCGCAAGGGCGACGAUGAUGGCAGCCGUCGCCGCAAGGGUGAUGACGACGAUGGAAGUGGAACCCGCCGACGCAAGGGCGACGAUGAUGGCAGCCGGCGCCGCAAGGGUGAUGACGACUAUGGAAGUGGAACCCGCCGCCGCAAGGGCGACGAUGAUGGCAGCCGGCGCCGCAAGGGUGAUGACGAUGGUAGUGGGCGUCGCCGCAAGGGCGACGAUGAUGGCAGCCGGCGCCGCAAGUACAGGCACCAUCGGCGUCAUUACAAGGCCCUGGGCGAUUUUAACUUGCAGUCUGAAUUGCAGGAGCUGAGGAAUCAGUCGGUGAAUCAGAAUAAUCAGAUCUAUGAUUGCAACUUCGUGUCUGCCGUCGUGAGGCGCUUGCCGUUUCUGGACUCCGCUCGGCUUCGCUCGGCUCAAACAGCGCAGGGCGCGUCGCCGCCCUCGCAGGCCGGGCCCGGGGCCCCGGGGACUGGCGAGACGCCGAGAGAGACGAUGCGUGCAGUCUUUGACUCGGCGUGGCCGUCUCCGGAAGGGCUGUGGGCCGGCAAGACGAACUUGAGUCGAGCGAACGAAGCACCAGACUCUCUGGAGGGUCCAGGUCUCGCCCUCUGGUGCUUCGUGGUGUCGUGGCGUGAGCAGAGGUGUAGUCUGGAGGGCUGCCAAAGGUUCCAGAGAAACGACCCAGUGACGGAGUCGCACGGAUUUGUACACAAGUUAUCCGAAGCAGCAGCAGUCUUCGCAGAGUUGGAUGCCAUGGCAUUGCAACAGGCGGCGAAGCUGAUCAUAAAGGCGAUGGCGCUUCAGGUCCUCUCCUCGGGCCUGGGCUCGGUGAAGAAAGCAGCGCCAGAGGCCCAGAACCGGGUGACGCAACGUGAAACACCGCUGGAAAAGAACCUCAGAGAGGCCACUUCCAACCAGAAUUGGGGCGUGCCGAACAGCCAGCUCCAUGACAUCGCACGUGCUUCCUUCGAUUUCCAGGAGUACCAGACCAUCAUCACCGAGAUUUGGGCUGGUUUGCAGGAAGCGAAGAGCAGAUGGCGGCGGGUCUUGAAGACUUUGAACCUGGUUGAGUUUUUGGUGAAAAACGGCAGCGAGCGGAUCAUCGACGAGAUUCGCCGCGACCAGUACAAGGUCCGUCCGCUCAUGGAUUUCAGCUACUCUGAAGAUGGCAAAGACAAGGGCGCGGCGGUUCGCGAGAAGGCCAAAGCCAUCUUGGAGCUCAUCAGUGAUAACGAGUUGCUGCGCUCGGAGAGGGAGAAGGCCCGCACGCACCGCGAGAAGUUCAUGGGCAUGUCCUCGGUUGACAGCAGCAGCUACGGAGGUGGGUUUGGUGGAGGCAGUGGAGGUGGAAGCAGCAACUACGGCGGUGGUGGCAGCUACGGUGGCAGCAGCGGUGGCAGCUAUGGUGGUAGCGGUGGUGGUACUGGUGGUGGCAGUUAUGGUGGUAGUGGCGGCGGCAGUAGUGGGGGCGGCUAUGGCGGUAGUUCGUACGACCCGUACGUGGAGAACAAGAAGUUCGACGAAGCGAGGCGGAGACGGGAGGACGAGCGAUUCGAUGAGCGCGACCGCAGAUAUGACCGUGAUGAUCGAGACAGAGACGAUCGAGACGAUCGGGACCGUCGGCGCAGAGACGAUCGGGACCGCGACUUCCGCGACCGCGACCACGACCGCCGAGAGGAGGAUCGGCGGCGAGAUGAGCGGGAUUCGCGGGAUGAUCGAGACCGAGAUGGUCGUCGCCGGGACUACGACUACGAUGACAGGCGAGAUCGUGACGCACGCCGCCGCAGUUACGACGAGGACGAUCGUCGCGAGUCCAGACGAGAUCGGGAUGACCGUGAUCGGGAUGAACGAGACCGGGUCGAGAAGCCGCCUGCUCCGCAGGCGAACCUGCUGGACAUGGGUGACCCCGCAGAGCCACCUGCGACUACAGCAGCUGCUGCCCCCGCGGCGCAGGGUUGGGGUGCUUUCGAGGGGGGUGCCGGCUUCGCCGACUUUGGCGCCGGUGCUUCGGCAGGUGCCGCAGGCGGUGAUGGCUUCGGAGACUUCGUAGGAACGGCGGCACCGCCGCCGGCCACAGCCCCACAGGGCGGCGACCUGUUCGCGAAUGCAUCUUUCCAGGCAUCGGCAGCACCGGCAGCUGCGGCGACGCCGCAGAUGCCCGACUUGUUCGCUGUCGGGAGCGACUUUGCGGGCUUCCAGGGCGGCAAGGGCGGCUGCGGCUGCGGCUGCAGCGCCGCUGAAGCGGUGGCCCCAGCCAUGGCGGCUCCCGGCGGCAGUGGCAGUGGCAGUGGUGGCCUCCUCGGCUCAGCGGCGGGCUGCGCGGGAGAUGGAUUUGCAAGCCAACCAACUGGGCAGGUUGACACCGGAGGGUCCUUCUUGGAUGGCAUCUCUAGCAAGCUGUUGGACCUGAACCUCGGCUCUGGCACUUCCCAGGCUUCUGGUCAGCCUCCCGCUCCGAACAAACCCAUGGGAGGCAUGGGAAUGGGCAGUGCCAUGGGCAACACCAUGGGCACUGCCAUGGGUGCAGGUGCAGGAAUGGGCAGCUGCGGUGGCUGCUGCGGAGGCUGUGGCUGCGGCGGCUGUGGCUGCGGCGGCUGUGGCUGUGGCGGCUGUGGCUGCUGCGGUUGCGGCGGUUGCGGCUGCGGCGGUUGCGGCGGUUGUGGCGGCUGCGCAGGCUGCGGCGGCUGCGGGCCCACGGGCUGCGGUUGUGGAUGCGGCGGCUGUGGCUGCAGUGGCUGCGGUCCGUGUGGGGUUUGUGGAGGAUGUGGAGCCUGUGGAGGCGGGCCCUGUGGGGGCUGUGGCUGUGGUUGUGGGGGUGGGCCGUGUGCCGGCUGCGGUGGCUGCGGUGGCUGCGGCGGCUGCGGUGGCUGCGGCAGCUGCGGCGGCUGCGGCUGUGGCUGUGGCCCAUGUGGGGCCGGGGCCUGUGGAGGGUGUGGCAUGCAAAUGCAGAGCCCGAUGGGACAGUUCGGCCAAAUGGGCCAGCCCCAGAUGGGCCAAACAGGCCAGGCCCAAAUGGGCCAAAUGGGCCAGAUGGGCAUGAAAUGA